UCCUUUUAUAUUUGUUUUGCCCCAUUGGCCUAACUUUCUUGUUUUCCUAGUCGUUGAUAGGAUCACCUUCUCAUUCAGAUGUAACCUUUUUAUUGUGGUUAAAUUUCAAUUUCAAUGAAUGACAUUUUAUUAGCAAACCAGCUUUUCAACAUAUGAUAAUGUAAUGUGUCUCAACUUUAUUGGGAACAUUUGAUGUUGUAUGGUGUCCGAAUCAUAACAGAUACCCAACUCAUCAUGGCCAGCAAUAAAGUAGGGGAAUUCCACAUACAUUUGUACCCGCCACUAGCAUUGUAUUAUGAUUGAUUGCGAUGUACACGUGUCCCUUCUCACACAAAUUGAAACCAACUGGUGAAAUGAAUGAAUGAAGUGCGUGUGAGCGAGUGACCUAAAUAAAUGGGAGCACGCAGAGGAAAUAUAUUUAUGCAAUUGUAGAGAGAUAUGGCAGGGCACCAGCGCCCGUUGUUUGUGCUCUUUGGAGCAUCUCUGACGGAGUAUUCUUUUCAGCCCGGAGGAUGGGGCGCCAGUUUGGCUGAUUAUUACUCCCGCAAGGCUGAUAUUUUGCUUAGAGGAUUUCAUGGAUGGAAUACUCGUCGAGCUGUAGCUGUUUUGGAAAAGUUUUUUCCAAAGGAUCAUCCAUCUCAGCCUGCUCUGGUGAUAGUAUUUUUUGGAUCCAAUGAUGCUGCCUGCCCACUUCGUAGUGGAAAGGGCCAGCAUGUGCCACUUCAAGAGUACAAAGCAAACCUUCGACAAAUUUGUGCACAUAUCAAGGGUCUUUCAGAUAUGUCUCGCGUGGUUCUUAUUACUCCACCACCUGUAUUUGAAGAAGCACGGAGGGCUCAUGCCAGACGCAAGUGGGGAAUCAAUGCUGGAAAUUAUCCUGAUCGCACAAAUGAACGAGCACAGGAGUAUGCUGAGGCCUGCGUGGACGUAGCAAAGGAAAUGGAUGUUGGUGUCGUAGAUCUAUGGAAUGCUAUUCAAAGAACAAAGGAGUGGGAGACAGAAUGUCUCAGUGAUGGACUGCACUUGAGCCCUAUUGGCAAUCAAAUUCUGCUUGAGGAGCUUUUAAAGGUAUUGAAGAGUGCUAAUUGGGUUCCAAAUUUACAUUGGGAGUCAUUGCCAAAUGACUUUGAUGAGCCUUCACUAUAUGAUUAUGUACACCCAUCUGUGGAACUGGCGACGAAUGAUCUACAACAAUUUACAGUGCAGUGAAUAUAUCAUGAAUAUUUGCUCAGGGAAUUCUUUUCAAAUCACGAGUUGGCUAAAAUAGCAAAUUGUAUAUUCUCAUUUUUAGCCUCGUUGUCAGUAGAAUUGUAAUAUUGAGAUGGUAUGAGUAGAUGGUAGAAGGAAAUGCACCUAUGUUACCCGGGGACGCGUCCUCGGUAUUUUUUUCAGCCGUCUCCGUCUCGGGGACAUCCCAGGGACAGGGGACUCCUAGGGGACGUCCUCAUAAAUUCUGCAUAUAGACAAUGAAUUCUAUAAGCAAUUUGACUUUGACUCUCAAUUUAACACAAAUUUGCCAUAAGAACUCUACUAGUUCUUAUAUGUUAAGGUUCUAUAAUGGAUAUGUGCAUGUUUUAUCCAUGUUUUCA